AAAGCGACCAAGAAAAGCAGGGCAUCCCCACCACCACCACCACCACCCCUGGAAGCGGCGUCUUCUUUUACCUUGCUCUCCCUCUCUUCCUGAAGAUGCUAAACUCCUGGCGGACUGCAGAAGAGGGGGGUCCUGUCUUCUCCUGAGGUGUGAGUACCCCCACCCAGGGCUGUCUGUGCCCGCCGCCAGCCCCCUGAUGGCUGACUUUCCCACCCUCUUUUUGCGCAGUUGAAAGAAAGAAAGAAAGAAAGAAAGAAAGAAAGAAAGAAAGAAAGAAAGAAAGAAAGAAAGUAAAGCAGUUUCUGCUGUGAGCCCAAGACGGGCGAGCCGCCUGAGAUCUCUUCGAGAUACCCCCGGGGAGGAGGAGAUGGGCUGGAUUUAGUAGGACAACUCGAUUACUAAUGACUCCGCGGCUGGCUGCGACCCGCCGGGAAAUCAGGUGCAAGCAUGUGUGUUCGGGAACGCGUGUGUGGGUGGGCUGGGGGAGUGGGAAGGGAGUGAAGAAGCCUCUCUGAAAAAUGCAGUGAUUUCAUUCCGCUGUGUUGCCCACCUCCUCCUGAUUCUCCCUCCCUUCCCCUCCGCCUCCUUGCUUUGCCAUUUUAAUCGGGCUUCCUCGUUUCUUUCUUCUCCGCACCCCGCUUCCUCCCCCUGACCCCCACUCAAGGUUUGCCAGUAGGUACCCGAGCUGACACCGAAGGUGCCUAAAGAUGCUGAGCGGCGUUUGGUUCCUCAGUGUGUUAACCGUGGCCGGGAUUUUACAGACGGAGAGUCGCAAAACUGCCAAAGACAUUUGCAAGAUCCGGUGCCUGUGCGAAGAGAAGGAAAAUGUACUGAAUAUUAACUGUGAAAACAAAGGAUUUACAACUGUCAGCCUGCUUCAGCCCCCCCAGUAUCGAAUCUAUCAGCUUUUUCUCAACGGUAACCUCCUGACAAGACUGUACCCAAACGAAUUUGUCAAUUACUCCAACGCGGUGACCCUUCACCUGGGUAACAACGGACUGCAGGAGAUCCGAACUGGGGCCUUCAGUGGCCUGAAAACCCUCAAGAGACUGCACCUCAAUAACAACAAGCUGGAGGUACUGCGGGAGGACACUUUCCUGGGCCUGGAGAGCCUGGAGUACCUCCAAGCUGACUAUAAUUACAUCAGUGCCAUUGAGGCAGGGGCAUUCAGCAAACUUAAUAAGCUCAAAGUGCUCAUCUUGAAUGACAACCUUCUGCUGUCGCUGCCCAGCAAUGUGUUUAGGUUUGUCCUGCUGACCCACUUAGACCUGAGGGGGAACCGGCUGAAGGUAAUGCCUUUCGCAGGCGUCCUUGAACACAUCGGAGGGAUAAUGGAGAUUCAGCUGGAGGAAAACCCCUGGAAUUGCACAUGUGACUUGCUUCCUCUCAAGGCGUGGCUAGACACCAUAACGGUCUUCGUGGGGGAAAUUGUCUGCGAAACACCCUUCAGGUUGCAUGGGAAAGACGUGACCCAGCUGACCAGGCAAGACCUCUGUCCCAGAAAAAGCACCGGUGACUCCAGUCAAAGGGGCAGCCAUGGUGACACACACGUGCAAAGGCUAUCACCUACAAUGAAUCCUGCUCUCAACCCAACCAGGGCCCCAAAAGCCAGCCGGCCACCCAAAAUGAGAAAUCGUCCAACUCCCCGAGUGACUGUGUCAAAGGACCGGCAGAGCUUUGGCCCGAUCAUGGUGUACCAGACCAAGUCCCCUGUGCCCCUCACCUGCCCCAGUAGCUGUGUCUGCACCUCUCAGAGCUCUGACAAUGGUCUCAACGUUAACUGCCAAGAAAGAAAGUUCACUAAUAUCUCUGACCUGCAGCCCAAACCUACCAGUCCAAAGAAACUCUACCUAACAGGGAACUAUCUUCAAACUGUCUACAAGAAUGACCUUUUAGACUACAGUUCUUUGGAUUUGUUGCAUUUAGGAAACAACAGGAUUGCAAUCGUUCAGGAAGGUGCCUUCACAAACCUGACCAGUUUACGCAGACUUUAUCUGAAUGGUAAUUACCUUGAAGUGCUGUAUCCUUCUAUGUUUGACGGGCUGCAGAGCUUGCAGUAUCUCUAUUUAGAGUAUAAUGUCAUUAAGGAAAUCAAGCCGCUGACCUUUGAUGCUUUGAUUAACCUACAGCUCCUGUUUCUGAAUAACAACCUGCUGAGGUCCUUACCCGAUAAUAUAUUUGGGGGCACAGCCCUCACCAGGCUAAAUCUGAGAAACAACCACUUUUCACACCUGCCUGUGAAAGGAGUCCUGGAUCAGCUUCCAGCUUUUAUCCAGAUAGAUCUGCAAGAGAACCCAUGGGACUGCACCUGUGAUAUCAUGGGUCUAAAGGACUGGACAGAGCAUGCCAACUCCCCUGUCAUCAUCAAUGAGGUGACUUGUGAGUCUCCCGCUAAGCAUGCAGGGGAGAUACUGAAAUUUCUGGGAAGGGAGGCCAUCUGUCCAGAUAGUCCCAACUUGUCAGACGGGACCAUUUUGUCAAUGAAUCACAACACGGACACACCUCGGUCACUCAGCGUGUCUCCCAGUUCCUAUCCUGAGCUACAUACAGAAGUUCCACUCUCUGUCUUAAUUUUGGGACUGCUUGUUGUUUUUAUCCUGUCAGUCUGUUUUGGGGCUGGUUUGUUUGUCUUUGUCCUGAAACGCAGAAAGGGAGUGCCAAAUGUUCCCAGGAGUGCCAACAACCUAGACGUAAGUUCCUUCCAAUUACAGUAUGGCUCUUACAACACAGAGACUCAUGAUAAAACUGAUGGACAUGUCUAUAACUAUAUCCCCCCACCUGUGGGUCAGAUGUGCCAAAACCCCAUCUACAUGCAGAAGGAAGGAGACCCCGUAGCCUAUUACCGAAACCUGCAAGAAUUCAACUAUGGCAACCUGGAGGACAAGAAGGAAGAGCCAGCCACACUAGCUUACACAAUCAGUGCCACCGAGUUGCUGGAAAAGCAGGCCACACCAAGAGAGCCCGAGCUGCUGUAUCAAAAUAUUGCUGAGCGAGCCAAGGAACUCCCCAGCGCAGGCCUUGUCCACUAUAACUUUUGUACCUUACCUAAAAGGCAGUUUGCCCCUUCAUAUGAAUCUCGACGCCAAAACCAAGACAGAAUCAAUAAAACCGUUUUGUAUGGAACUCCCAGGAAAUGCUUUGUGGGGCAGUCAAAGCCCGACCACCCUUUACUGCAAGCUAAGCCGCAAUCAGAACCAGACUACCUCGAAGUUCUGGAAAAACAAACUGCAAUCAGUCAGCUGUGAAGGGAAAUCAUUUGCAACCCUAAGGCAUCAAAGGAUGCUGCUCCAAACUGUUGGAGGCACUGCGUUUGCUUUUGUGUUUUUUCUCUUUGUGUGUGUGUGUGUGUGUGUGUUCUCCCCUUCCAGGUGUUAAUGG